UCAGGUCAGAUCGGGUAAUGGUCGGGUAGGGUCGGGUUUUUCCUUUUACUCAACCUGACCCGAAGUUUAUGAAAUAGCGAAGUUUCAGAACAGCGAUCUUCAAUACGUAUGGAUACUUAACAGCGAACUUGGUUCAAGUAUUACUUUGAAACAGCGAAGUUCAGUAUCUUUGCAGGAAACCUUCAAAACAAUGAUCUUCUGAGUUGAAUCUGUCGGGUAACUGGGAUUGAUACUUAAUCUUCUUGUCCGACCUUCUUUGUGUUUUGCUAUGCCAAGAAUCACAGUGAAAAAAAUCUAUGUUCUUGGAUCUUAUCUGGUUUAUCCCUCUGAAAAGUCUGCGCGUCGGCGUUUGAAAUCGUUAAAUUUCACCAGCAAUGCACUUGCCAAUCACGAAAAGUACAAUACCGAUUCAUCAGAAAACAUCAACUUAAUCGUUUCAAAGGUUAAAGCUGGACGAACCUACGAUGAAGUUUUUCACUCUCUAUUACAAGAUCAAGCUUGUAACACGAUACCCAUAUCUCAUAAUCUCGUUUCUCAGUUACUGUAUCGAUUCAAAGAUGAUUGGAAGUCUGCAUUAGGCGUGUUUAAAUGGGCGGAAUCACACGAAACAUACACACCGUCAUCAGACUCGUACGAAACAAUGCUCGACAUAUUAGGAAAAACAAAACAAAUGGAAAAGAUGAUGUCACUACUCGAGCAGAUGAAUCAACGUCAUCUUGUUACAAUCGGCAGUAUAGCAAAAGUCAUGAGAAGACUUUGCGGGGCCGGAAAAUGGGAAGAUGCGGUAAUAAUAUUCGAUGAUUUGCAUAAAUUCGGAUUGGAAAAGAACACUGAAUCGAUGAAUCUUUUACUCGACACGCUCUGCAAAGAAAGUAAAGUCGAGCAGGCGCGUAAAAUUUUCUUGGAAUUAAAAUCAUGCAUCGCGCCUUCCGCUUAUACGUUUAACAUAUUUGUACACGGUUGGUGUAAAGUUAAUCGGGUCAACGAAGCACAUUGGACUAUCCAAGAAAUGAAAGGGUACGGGUAUAACCCGUCGGUUAUAUCGUAUUCCACCAUCAUCGAAUCAUAUUGUCGCAAUUCCAACUUCAACAAAGCAUAUGAACUGCUCGACGAAAUGCAAGCGCAAAACUGUCCUCCUAACGUUGUAACGUUCACCACCAUCAUGUGUUAUUUGAAGAAAAACGAGGAAUAUUAUGAAGCGUUACAGAUACCCGAGAAAAUGAAGUUUUACGGAUGCAAGCCCGAUACGCUUUUCUACAACGCGUUGAUUCAUACAUUAGCGAAAGCGGGCCGUGUUCAAGAAGCUGUGAAUGUAUUUGAGGUUGAAAUGCCGAGUUCCGGUAUUUUUCCGGACACGUCUACGUUUAAUUCGAUGAUUACAAUGUUUUGUCAUCAUGGUUUGGAUCAAGAUGCGAUAAAUGUUCUAAAAAGGAUGGAAAGUUCACAACUUUGUAGACCCGAUAUCCAGUCGUUUAUUCCCUUACUCAAGAUGUGUUUUAGAAAGGGAAAAACCGAUGUGUUAUUGGGUAAUCUGUUGGAUGAAAUGGUCAAUAAGCAUCAUAUUAGCUUUGAUUUGGAUACAUACACUCUUUUGAUCCACGGGUUAUGUCGGGUUAAUAAAUGUGACUGGGCGUAUGGUAUCUUUAAGGAGAUGAUCGAUAAAGAUAUUGCACCGAGAUAUUAUACGUGUGCUUUGCUUGUUGAUGAACUUAAGCAGAAGUAUAAUUAUGUUGCUGCUGAUCAUAUUGAAGGUUAUAUGAAGCAGAUGAAGUCAUCUUGAUCAUUGAACAUUUUAUGCAUUUCCAGUGACCCUAUAAUGGUAAGUCUGUAAUGGUGUUACUGUAAUGUUCUUGUAUAUUUGUUAUUAUUUAAGGAGUUCAAUGUCUGUUUCGACCGGUUUUGGCAAAAAUUCUGGGCCGAACCACUAACUACAGUAUUGGGGAACGACAAACCAAACCGGCCAAGUUGGGUGGGUCAGCCAGACCGUCUGAUUUUACUAGUUUACUAGUUUGGCGGUUUAAUGCUUCGGUUGUGACGUUUUAGCAGUUUGAAUCAUUUUUCAUUUUCCAAAACAUUAGUUUGUAUUAAAAUCAUUAAAAUGAUAUAGAUGGUUCAUAUGAUUAUAAGUGGCGGAUCUAGAAGAAAAGUUGAGGGGUAGAGAAGGCUUGUAUUUGUAACACCCCGGAAACGGGUUUGGUAAUCAUACCCCGUUAAUACUAAAAGACGGGUAAAAUACUGUUAGUGGUAAAAAGAAAAAAAAAAUUAGUUAACCCGGUGAAUAUUAGGAUUUGAAUAAAUAAUCUUGUAUUAAUCAAAAAGAGGAAUAAAUGCUCUGAGGAAACACGGUUUAUUAGGAAUCCCAGUUAACGGGACUUAAAAAUAAAACGGGUUAUGAUUCCCCACACCCACCAAGUUAACUAGGAAUAGUUAACCUAGUUAGUAAUGGGUAAUUAAAUGAAAAGCUAUGAGAUAUAGCUUCUUUUGUAAUAAAUGAAACAAGAGGGACUAAAAGAGGCAAAAAGGGAAAAUGUUUUAAUUAAAUAAAAUACUAACACCAAAACACACACUCUAAGUGUGUGUUCUGGUCGAGAUUUCCAGAAGAGCCAGGGAGCUCUCAUCUUCAAACCCCAACUUGCUCAAAUCCAUCAAUUGAAAGGCCAAAUCAGUUCCAAAUCGAAAUCCAAGCUUAUAUUAGUGAUCACCUAAGUAAAGGGAUCACGAGAUGGAGGCUUGGGAGUGAAGUGGGUCAAACGCAGCAAGUACGAAAAGGAAAGCGUGAUUUGGAUGCGAGGUAAUGUCAAGGGUUCCCGGAUGAAGAUUAAGCUCAACGAAGAACCGAACACGAUCAAGAUACAAGCUUCCGCACUGCGUUUCUUUCAAAUUUUUAAACGACGAACUCAAUUUCAUUAUGUUGUAUUAUUUUUAAAAUUGUAAAAGUUUUUAAUAAGCCCGUAUCUUUAUAUGAAUGUGUAUUCGUAAAUACA